ACAGCUUCGUCACAGGCCUUUGCGGUAUCGUGUACUAUCUGGGAAUGGACUCUCCUUCAGGCUUGGACUGCUGUGAGUGAGACACUCUCACAAUAUGGAAAGAGGGCUUGAUAUGGGCUCAUAACCGACCAGAGGUCGCCCUCUCCUACCUUAUACUAACACAGAACAUCUGUCAAUACAACUCUCUUAACUCACUUCCAACUCUGUCUUCUCGUUCUAUAUAUCGUAUCUCAACCCGACCAGGCCGUCUCUACCACGAAAUACUGACAACCAUGCGCUUCGUCACAUACUUGUCCCUACUGCUCUCCGCCUGCAGAGCGAUCCUGGUUCCCGGCCCAACAGGUCCCUACGCCGUCGCCCUGAAAGAGCAGCCCCUGACAGACACCAGCCGGCCCGACCCCCUCGACCCAACCGACAAAUCCAAGUCUCGCCGCCUGCUGUUCUCGCUGUAUCUCCCCGUCGAUGCAUCCCGGCGAUUGUGCCCAGCGGUGACGGUGCCCUACAUGACGCCCCCCCCCCCGUGGCAGCCUCGUACGGGCACCAAGCGAUUCUAGUCGGCUUGCCGGACACGCUGUACUAUCCUUUCGAGAUGGAGUUUUGCAACCUCGAGGAGUUUUCUCCUUGCGAUCAGGCGUCUAACAAGAAGAACGAGUAUCCUCUGGUUCUAUUUGAUCCUGGCUUUGGAGAGUCUAGACUCAUCUAUGGUGCCAUGGCUCGGUCUUUGGCAAGCCAUGGAUAUGUCGUUGUUACCGUGGACCAUCCGUUUGACGCACCUGCUGUACAAUUCCCCGAUGGAUCUAUCAUUCAGGGUGUCGACCUUGACGAUUCCAACAUUGAGGUUCUCCAGAAGGUCCGCACCGACGACAUCACCUUCAUCAUCAACCAACUCACCAACUCAACCAUCACAAAGCCCCUCCUUGCCGACUUCCCCGGCACAAUCAACGCAUCGCACCUCGCCAUCUGGGGCCACUCCUUCGGCGGCUGCACCGCCGCAUCUGUCCUCCAUUCCGACAACCGUGUCCUCGGCGGCCUCGACCUCGACGGCAUGCUCAUCAACCCCGUCCUCAGCACCGGCAUAUCCAAGCCCUUUAUCCUCGCCGGCCGCAAGGGCCACAGCACCGAGGAUCCGUCAUGGAAUGAGUUCUGGCCGCGGGUGAAGGGCGGGGAUGGCAUGGAGAUUGGCGUUGCGGAUACGCUGCAUGGGGCGUUUAAGGAUGACUUGAUGCUGUUGAGUGUGCUUGAUUUGCCGGCGAGUGCAAAGGAGGCCGUGAGGGGGGUGUUGGGGGGUAUUGAUCCGCGUCGGCUGGAUAGGGACUUGAAUGGUAUCUUGACGGCCUUUUUUGACUUUUUGUUU